AUGCCGAUGAUUCCCUUUGAUAUCGAGCUUAACAUUGCGUCCGAGCCCUACUUUUAUUGGAACUACAAAGCCUCCACCAUUCCCGAAGCACAAGCGCUGGCCUCAGAUCUGGGCUUGAGAUUCCCGGUUAGGCCUUUGUACGGAAUUGAAAGCGCCACGGUAUAUCCGAUACGACGCCUGAUAAUAACAAAUGAAGCUUCACCAGAGAGUUACGAAUUGCUUCUAGGACCAUUGUGGAUGUCCAAAGCCUCUCAUACCAUUCAAAAGACGCGAAUGGAGGUCCUGCUAUAUCCGGCUGCUGGCUCACUGAGCUAUAAUAUCGCGGAAGAACUAGAUGAAGGUACUACUGAAUGGAAUCCUAGAGGUCCAACCGAUUACGAAAAAAUCGAGCUGGAUCGCAUCCUCGAGAUUGCCGAGAAGGUAGAUCUGUACAUGAGUUACCACAAGGGUGGUGAGAAGGAGGUUUCGCUUGACGAUAUGACCGAUAUAUGGCUACAGUUGGGAGGAGGCUGUGGCUAUCCGGAAAAUUUCUGGCAUCUCCAAUAUGCCAUCGAUGCGAGGGACCAGGGGUUGUAA